AUGCCACUUCCACCACAUAUUCAAGCAAUUCCACCAUUUGGUCAAAGUGCUUCAACGACCAAAAGAAACGAAGAAGCUCUCAAACAAUCCAGAAUUGACAACUACGAACGCAUGACACGGGUCGAACAUCAUCAUCAUCCAAAAUUGAUUCGGCGCGAAACAUUCGAGGAAUUUGAAAAACGUCGAGAGCGAGAAGAAGCUUCCUGCCGCAGAGGUCAAGCAUUAUGGGAUGGUAGAUCUUCCAAAGAAAUUGAGCAUGAGUAUAAAGUUGAGAGAAAUGCGCGGCUUAAGGAGUUUCGCAAGCAUAAAGAGGAAAUUUUGAAAAAUAUGAAAAGUUGCUCUCAAAUUGUUUCAAAAUUGGGAGCCAAAGGGAACUCUCAAGGCCCCUCGGGUGGUUCUUGA